CGGCGCGGAGGUGCGGCAGGACCGGCGCCCGGGGCCUGCCCGCCCGCUAGCGGAUUACAGCUGGGGCCUCGCCGCGACGCCGCGUUUCCCCCCUCUCGCGUUUCUGGAGGCGGGAGGAGGCGGGAGGGAGGCGCCUCGGCCGCCCGCGGAGGCGCCGCGGAAGUCGCCGCGGGCAUGGAGGAGUGAGGGCGCGGGGGCCGCCGGCGGCGCUGCCGCCGCGCUAGGGACGGUGCGCGCCGGCGCAGGGCGGCGGCGGGCAUGAGGCGCGCAGCAUGGGCGCCAACAACGGCAAGCAGUGCGGCAGCGACGGCAAAGGCAGCUCAAGCAUCUCAUCUGACGUGAGUUCAAGUACAGAUCACACACCCACCAAAGCCCAGAAGAAUGCAGCUACCAGCGAAGAUUCCGACCUGAGCAUGCGGACGCUGAGUACGCCCAGCCCAGCGUUAAUAUUCCCGCAGAAUUCCCACGGUUUCCAGAAUGGCAGAGGGUCGUCUACUUCCUCGUCCUCCGUCACUGGGGAGACCGUUGCCAUGGUCCACUCGCCACCUCCAACCCGCCUCACACAUCCUCUCAUCCGGCUGGCAACCAAACACCAGAAGGAACAGGCCAACAUAGACCGGCUGCCAGAUCACUCCAUGAUCCAGAUAUUCUCUUUUCUGCCUACCAACCAGCUGUGCCGCUGCGCCCGGGUGUGCCGCCGCUGGUACAACCUUGCCUGGGACCCACGGCUUUGGAGGACUAUUCGCCUGACAGGCGAGACAAUCAACGUAGACAGGGCUCUUAAAGUGCUGACACGGAGGCUUUGUCAGGAUACACCUAACGUAUGUCUCAUGUUGGAGACAGUAAUAGUUAGUGGCUGCAGGCGGCUCACAGACAGAGGACUCUACACCAUUGCCCAAUGCUGCCCAGAGCUGAGGAGGCUGGAGGUAUCCGGCUGUUACAACAUCUCCAACGAGGCAGUCUUCGAUGUGGUGUCACUGUGUCCCAACCUGGAACACCUGGAUGUGUCAGGCUGCUCCAAAGUGACAUGCAUCAGUUUGACUCGUGAAGCCUCCAUCAAGCUGUCUCCCUUGCAUGGGAAACAAAUCUCCAUCCGCUACUUGGACAUGACAGACUGCUUCGUCCUGGAGGACGAAGGACUGCACACCAUUGCCGCUCACUGCACUCAACUGACCCACCUGUACCUGCGUCGCUGUGUCCGCAUCACCGACGAGGGUCUCCGCUACCUGAUGAUUUACUGCACGUCCAUUAAGGAACUGAGUGUGAGUGACUGUCGCUUUGUCAGUGACUUUGGCAUGCGGGAGAUUGCCAAACUGGAGUCACGCCUCCGAUACCUUAGCAUCGCUCACUGUGGUCGGAUCACAGAUGUGGGCAUACGUUACAUUGCCAAAUACUGCAGCAAGCUGCGCUACCUCAACGCGCGGGGCUGCGAGGGUAUCACGGACCACGGUGUGGAGUACCUCGCCAAAAAUUGCACAAAACUCAAAUCACUAGAUAUUGGCAAGUGCCCUCUGGUCUCAGACACCGGCCUGGAGUUUCUAGCCCUCAACUGCUUUAACCUGAAGCGCCUGAGCUUGAAAUCAUGUGAGAGCAUCACUGGGCAGGGCCUGCAGAUUGUAGCUGCCAACUGUUUUGACCUGCAGAUGUUGAACGUGCAGGACUGCGAUGUCUCUGUGGAUGCUCUGCGGUUUGUUAAACGGCAUUGCAAGCGCUGUAUUAUAGAGCACACCAACCCUGCCUUCUUCUGAAAGGACACCCCACAACUGUUGUUACAAUAUAGUAUUAAAAACACUGAUGUAUAAACACACAAUCCCAUACUCAGUAAUGCUCUCUUUUCUGUGGCUCACAGGAGUCAGCUGUUCUUGUUUGUUGGUGGUGAGGGGGUGUUUCUAGAGGACUAUUUUGUUUGCUUUUUGUAUGAUCACUUUUUAAGGUGCAGUGAGUCUCUGUGGAGAGGCUGCCUUAAUGCAAAAGCAGCGAGUGCUCAGCAUCCCCACUGUGGUACCUUUUCCAUAACAGCCCUGAUCUUGUCCCAGGCUAAUGUAGCUGACUCCAAAGGGAAUAGCACAUAAUCCCUCCUUUGGAAGUGCUACUAAGCUGUGUCAAAUACAUCUGAAUUCCAGCCGUGCUCAUGAAUCUGACUAUGCAAGAUACGUCGUAUUCCCCAACUUAAAAUAUGCCGGAUAAAGCAUCUCCUUAUCUCCAUGUAGUUUCUCCUUGGUUGUCAUUCCUUAUAAUUCCUCAUGAAAUAGUUUCUAAGCCAAACUGGGUAAUGCCUUCAAAUGUGCUUGACUAGGGCAGAAGAUGAGCUGCUCGCUAUUGCUGAGCAUUGUGCUGCGUGAAUUUGGAGAUUGUGCCUGUGCAUGGUUUCUCUUGGAAAGCCCUCUUCCAGGUAACUCAUGCAUCAUCACCACUUACCUUCAGUUCUGCAUCAGCCCUCUCCUGCAUUUGUAGUACUGUAAUCUCUGGUAGCCAACAGGGACUUUGGGUCUUAUGAGCAGUGACAUUUUCACUUGAGUGAAAGAAAACAGAUAUGAUAUUGGUGGCCUGGCAAAGGAAAAAGCCAUCAGAUCAGCCUGAGAAACCUUUGCAUUUCUGCAACAAGCUGAGAUAGUGCUGUGGUACAUCAGGGUCUCUGAAGUGUUGUGGGAUGGUUUGCAUGGGGCAGUCCCAGUUGCUGUGCUACACUGCUGUAACCAGAAAGUCUGCCUGUCUGCCUUCACGGUGUCUCCUCAGCAGCCAUGGCACCACUGCAGCUGACACUUUCUGAGCAAACCACAUGAACGCAUUGAGGUGUGUUCAAUAUAUGCCUUAAUAUACAUAGAAACCUGACCAUUUUCUGUGGCCUUCCAGUUUAAAGGAUGGAUGGCCAGUCGCAAGAGUUCAAAGACGUUAGCCUGACACGAGAUCACGCUUAUAGGGAAGAAAGGGGCUUAGGAUGUUAUUGACAUUAGGUUUAGAUUUUUGUGAAACCUUGUUGAUGUGUGUUCCCUUAAGCUGGAGAAACAGCUGCUGUUCAACAAGGAAUUAAAACAUUAGCCUUGCCCUAUGACACUGGAAGCCCUUUGUACUCUCAGGAUCACACUCUUGCUCAGGCAGGUGGUUUGGAGGUUCUCUCAUCUUGUUGCCUCCUUCCCCAGAGCCCGUGGUCAAUUUCAUGCUUACUUCCUUCACGCUUUUCUGGCAGGUAUUUUCUCUGCGUUUCCACAUGUAACGGUCCAAUCUGAAAGCCAGACAUAUUAGGAAUGAUAAUGUUUUCAGGCAGGCCCCUUGCGCGUGACUGACAGGUGAAUUCAUACAUUUAGCUCAAAUACUGUAAAUGUCUUGGUAGAGGAUGUAAGAAGGGAAGCACUGUGUCUGGUUUUCGUAAGCCGUAGUUCCAUCAUCUCCAGACAACACUAAUAAAAUCAUUGAUACAAAGUAAAAUUCCAUAUGCUCAAGAAAAACAUGUAAUUGCUGAGGAAAUAUUUGUAGCAACAUGUUUUCAAAUAACAAAAAACAGUAUUUUUGCACAUCUCUGCAGCAGGAACUUUGUCCUGCUUGUGCAAACAUCCUGUAACUUGUGCAUGUUCCUCCAGUUCUGAAUUUCAUAACUUGGGGGAUAUCAUCAACUCUAAGUUGUAAGUAACAUUGUACAAAAGCAAAGAGGGCCAAGGAAAAUGGAUUUUUCAUUGCUAUUGCUGGUCGGUGCCUAACAGGAGGCUGAUACUAUUCUUCGACCAGUUAACAUCACUGUAGUUUCCCUUUUUGUAUUUUUAAAAUUAGAGAUUUUCUUGCCCAAGCAGUAUGGUAUAUUUUAUCCAAGAAAGCUAUACUCUGUUCGUCCUUUUUCUCAAAGUGUCCCCAAGAAUAGUUAAAUGUUAAACCCAUUCCUUAGAGUGGUGGGAUUUUGAGCCAUUUGCACUCAUGAAAUAUAAGUCUUAUUAGCAACAUUUAACUGUUUAUUAAAACAAAAAAAAAAAAAAGCUACUUCUCUGGCUAUGCUAAACUGAGUGAGUAGUGCUUACAUGGUUUUUAAGGUUUCUAAUGUUUAAAUUGGCCUGUACUGUACAAAUCUCACUAUAAAGCCUUAAUUUGCUACCAAGAAAUAAAGCAAUAUAUUGGUAACUGAUGAGCAUGCAUGGUCAUUUACACAAAGUGAUUAACUUCUUGUCAAAAUGGAAAGAUAUGAAACAUUUAUAGAAAUUUGAUUUCUUGCAGCUAGGUAAGUGAAUGAGCACAUCGUCACAUGAGGUAGGUAGAUGACUAUAAAAAAUGAUUUAUUAUAGAUUAUGACCUUGUAUGUCUGUUUCCGUAUAAUUUACUUUUCCUUAUGUGAUUCUUCUUGACCUUAAAGCGUAACCAUUACCUGGAAAUGUAUGUAAAAGAAAACACAGUAUAUAAAAGGAGUAUGUAUAAGAAGUUCAAGAAGGCUUCUGCAUUGAUUAAAAGGCAAAUUAACGUAUUUGAUGUGAAAAGUAAAAUGGAACAGCUGAAAGACUAGAGUACUUAUUAGUGUAAUGUUUCUUUCUGAGUGUUUUAAAAAUCUACUCUAGGGUGUCUAGUGGAAAAUGAAUAAAGGUAAUUUUUCUAAGCCAAACAUUUUUAAGUAUAUGAUCUUACAGUCUUACGUGAUCUGAUUUGGCACUCUGAAACUGCAAAACUGAAAUUUCAAUUUAGCUUAUUGA